AACUUGUAACAUUAUCACGCACAUUCACGGCAUAGAGAGGGCAUAGAACAUGACACUGGAGCAGGCAUUACUAGAGACGACAAUUGGCGACACUCCCGCCAAGUCGGCCAUCGUCGCGGCACGAGACGCCGCAGACCCACAGCCUGUCGAGCUGGAGUCAGCCGCAGAGGCUGAUGUCGCCUUCACCGCGGCUGCACUCGACUCUGACGCCUUUCCGCACAUCCUCGAAGCCGUCGUUGCCUACGCGCCGUACGAGAGUCUCCUUGCGCUGCGCGCCACGUGCCGCGGUCUGAAAGCCCAGGUGGACACGAUUCUCGCGGCCCACGUCGCGCUCGCGGGGGCGGACGACGAGGGGGAGGUGGCGCCUCGGGGUAUGUACACGGUCAUUACACCGUAUGGUGCGGCGCCGUCUCUCCGAGGCGCGCGCGCGGCCCGAUUCGCACCUCGCUGGGACCGGCCCAUUGCGCUCGAGCCCGAGCACUCGUUGUUGCGUCACACACGCGUCCUGGACGUGCAGGCUCCUGUCGCUAUCCCCGACGAGGAGGUGCUUGCGCUCCACCUUGCCAACGUCCACACUGCGCGCCUCCACACAACCAUCUUUGAGGACCGCCUGCCUCUGGACUUGCUAUACCUGACCAGAAUCCCUACCGUGGUGCAGUUCGCGCGACUCGACCAACUAUCCGACGUUGCCCGCGCGUGGGUGUCCGACCUGUCCGACCACGUCCGCACACUCAUCCUCAACCUCGAAUUUGACCUCGGCGCGAUGGACGACGACAAGCUGGACGCGAGUUUCGUCAGCGACAGGUUGCACCUGUUCCGCCUGCCGCAGACGCUCGGCGAGUUUGUGCUUGUCUGUCGCGUGACGUCGGAGGGGACGUUCUCCAACGCGCAGCUCCGUCGCCUCAGUGUCCAACUCGCCCGAGCCGUCGGCUUUGAAAUCUCCGUCAGCCUCGACAACCGCAACGGCUUGCACGGGCCGCGGUUCACCCUCGUCGGGCUCGAUGCUAUCGGCGCGCUCGCUGGCCACGAGCCUGGGCACAUGCGCGAGCGUGUGCAGGAGAUUGUGCACGGCGAGGUCGAGUCGUUGUUGGGCCGCGGCAACCACGACGUGUUUACUCGGCGGGUGCUUGGACGCAUGAGCUUCCCGACCUUGGACGAGUACGAGGCGAGGGUGGGUGCGGCAGAGUUUGGGCUGCGGACACGGCUGUAG